CUUUGGGCCGAGUGUUCGUACCUGCGCCGUAUGUACCGGGAGGAGGACGCAUGAGUAGAACGACUACUCAAGAUAGCAGCAUGCGGAGGAGCCGUUCUGUGGAAAGCAGUGGUGAACGGGAAAGGGCUGAUACCGAGGAUACGAAUACGCUGAUGAAAGAGUAUUUCCUGCAGCUGGCGGAGGAGAGGAGGGAAAGGAUGGAACAAGAAGCGCAAGAGGAACGGAGGAGGAAUGAGGAGGCGGUUCGCUUGGAAAAAGAGAAGAAGAGGUUGGAAAAAUUGCGAGAGAAGCAACAGUACGAAGAAGAUAGGGACGCCCGAUUGUUGAGCCUGAUAGACGCCAAGAUACGGAGUGAUCAGGAAGAGCGACGGAAUCAUGGAGAGAUGGUGGGGAAGCAAGGGAAGAAGGUGAACGAACUAGGAGAGACUAUUGAGGAAGAGAAAGAACGGCUGAGAAGGACUUUAGCUCUGCACGAGAGCUUUGAGGCAGACGAGGAACUGCUGUUGCUACGAAAGCAAGCAGCGGGCCUGCGAAUCCAAGAUAAGCUGGAGAAACGGAAGCGGGGGAAGGAGGUAGCAAUUGGGAAUAGUCCUCCGAUGAUAACUCCGGAGAAGAGGUCAAACACGACCAUGUCCGAUGAGUCGAGAAGAAGAAUUGAGGAGCUACGGAGUGCUCCGUCUGGGGAACCGCAGACUUCAGGGACGCCACGGAAAAUCGAUUUGACACUAAAGCACAUAUCGGCCUCCUGCGGACCUGGUGGGAAGGAGCGGUAUGAAGCGGAGGUCCGGAACUUCUACGAUGCGCUGACGGUUGAGGAACUAAAAGAAGUUUGUAAACGUGAGAAGGUGAUCUAUGGCAAGCGUGAGAUGGCGAUCAAGAGACUGGUGAUACGGAGGGUAGCCACGGCGUAUGAUGCGGCCUACAUACCCCUACCAGCUACACCAAAGAUGACGACCCGGAGCGCUAAGGCGGCGCCCGAGAACGUGAAAACGGAAGACACGUCGGAUGAAUCGAGUGAGACCGAGGAGGAAGAGGGGUGAAGUCGUAUGAGUGGGGUAGGACUGCGUGAACUAGCAAGGAGGGUAUGUGCUUGAAGACAACUGGAUGGAGGAAAGAACAAGUCGGAUGACAGGCUGCUGAGACUC